UUCCGAUUCUUUCACAUAAAAUAUUUGUUUUGUUUGUUUUUUAAACUGAUUUAUUGGAAAAAGGAACCUAGUUUUAUUUUAAUAUUUUAGAUAACUUAGACAUAAAUUAAAUUAAUAGUUUUGUGUUAACAUGGGAAGUAUUGAUAAAGCUUGCAUAUCAGGUUUUUUAUGUCGACUAUGUUCAGAAAUGCAUCGUGUCGUAAUUCAUGUAUAUGGAGAUCAAGGAUUAAAAUUAAAUUUAGUUGAUAAAAUCAAUGGAUAUUUGCCAAUCACAAUAUCGCCAAAUGAUCAUUUACCAAAAACAAUUUGUGAACCAUGCCUACAAAGAGUAGAACAACACUAUGAUUUAUUGCUUAAAUUAAGAAAUUAUGGCAAAAAUAGAUUUGAAAUCAAUUUAAAAAAGAUCUCAAAGCCCAAUACAGAUAGCAAUGACCCGGACAGAACAAGUAUAGGUGUAAAUACUGAAGAAUAUGAUCCAAGACCACAAUUACGUUCAUGGUUAUUGAAUUCUACAACAUAUUAUAGCGAUAGUUCAAUUACAAGCAGUGACGAAUUUGAAGAUUAUGACAUGGCAGAAGAAGAAGACACAAAUACAAAUUCAAAUAACGAAAAUAAUGGUAAUGAAGGAAACAAUGUUAUUAGUGUUGAUAGAAAUAUCCAAAACAGUAUUGCUAUAAAUGGAGACAGUGAUAUUGAUGAAGACGCUAUUGGUAUAAAUGUUAUAGUACCAUCGCAACCUAGAAUCCAAGAAAAUCCUCAAAGUGAAAAUGAUCAAGGCAUUAGUCCAGAAAUUGAUGAAGAAAUGAGAUGCAUUGAAAAUGAUGCCACCAUAGAGGUGCCUGCAUAAAUUAAUAUAAUUAAAAUUUUCAUUUCAAGAACUGAUAAGAAUUUUAUGUAUGUAUAUAAUUUUAUUAAAAUUCAUGUAUGAAUAAUUAAAUAAAUUAUUAUAAGAAAUAAACUGUAUGAUUUCAUAAGGAAAUAUAUAUAUAUUGCUUAUUUAAAUAUUUAACAUAAUAAAUACAAUAAA